GAGAGAGAGAGAGAGAGAGAGAGAUUUCUACCAGAAUUAUUUUAUAGCAGUGAUAUGUGGAAUAGAACAGUCUCUGAAAAAUGAAAAACAAGUAUUAUAUAUUAAGAGUAAUGGGAGGGAACCUGGUGGGUAUGAGAAGGCUGCAUCAUAUAUCAAAUGAAGAACUUUGAAGAACAUGAAUAGAAGAUGUCAUCAGAAUAUGCUACAAGGAAAAAAUGAGCUGGCACAUGGCAAAGAUAAAGGAUGGCAAGUGGGCAGCCAGGAGUGCUCCACUGACCCUAUUGUGAUGCCAGUAGAAAUCAAGGAAGACCUUAAGCCCUUUGGGAAAAGCCCAUUUUCCAAACUAGGAUAUGGACAGAAAUUUCACAGGAUGCACAGGGUGGACCAGCAUGGAUGGGUUUUGGUGUCCAUCUUUAGAGUGAAUUUCCAGAGUAGUGGGAUCACAAAUCCAUUUAGGUAUUUCAAAUUGAGUAUUUGGCAGCAAAGUCUCUCCAAAUUAAUGAUAAGAUGGUAAGCCAGCAUCUGCUGUAGGAAGGAGAAAACCCAUGCAUAAGGCUUAUUUGUCCAAAUUUAAAAAAUUUUUAAGGAUAUUAUUUUCUGCCAGACUGAGGUGGAAAGGAUGUUAUAGUCCAGAUUAGGGUGGCAAUAUGGCAGCUCUGAUGAUAGAUUCCCAGCUCUCCCCUUUUGUUCAGGAAAAUUCCCAUAAUGGAGAUGUUCCCUCCCUUAUUGGGGCUCUACAGGAGGAAUUGGCGAAAUCAUCUUGUUUCCAGAUUUUGCUUCCAGAUUUUUUAGCAUGAUAAUUGGUUGAUGGGCCAAAGGAGAGAGAAAAAGAAGAAGGAAAGAAUCUGACUUGUUCCUGGACUGACUUUGAAUCUAUUCUUCAUAGAGAUAAGAGUCUGUUCUUCAUGACCACAACUGGACUUACACAGUUCUAAUUUCUCAAGGAUCUGAUCUUCUCCAAGAGAGGAAAAUUGAGGAGGAUGGAAAUGACUUCUGAUCUCCUGCCGGCCAGAUCCCAGAUGUCACUCACCUUCCAAGAUGUCACCGUGGACUUCUCCCAGGAAGAAUGGGACCGCUUGGAGCCUGCUCAGAAGGACAUGUACAGGGAUGUGAUGCUAGAGAACUAUGAGAAUUUUGUCUUCCUUGGACUUCCAGUUUCCAAGCCAGAUGUGAUCUCCCACCUGGAAAGAAGAGAAACCUCAUGGAUGACAGAGAGUGAAGUCUUGAUAAGCACUUAUCUAGAUUCCCUUAUUCCGAAGACAGAAUAUGAAAUUGAGGAGUCAACUCCAAAGCAGUAUAUUUCUAUGGGAGAAUCAUCCAAUGAGACACUCACAAAGGAGGGUCCCUGGAAUUCCACUUUGGGAGAAGCUUGGGAUCUUGAUGUCAGGUUAGAGAGUCAAAAGGGAAACCAAGAGAGACAGCCAAGGCAGGUACCAGUCACUCACGAAUAUAGUUUAUUUGGGAGAAAGCUCAUUCUGGGGUCUUUCCUCAUUCCACAAUUGAGUUUUCCUAGAGGAGAAAGUCUCCAUAAAUAUGACACACUUGGAGAGAGUUUCAAACAAUUUUCAGACUUAAUUAAGUAUAAUAGAAUUGAAUUAGGGAAGAAAUUGUGUAAAUAUAAUAAGUAUAGGAAACCCUUCAAUUAUCAGUCAAAUCUUAUUCAUUACUAUAGAACACACACUAGAGGAAAACCUCUUAAAUGCAAUGAAUGUGGCCGAGCUUUUAAUAGCAUCUUAAGCCUCACCGUACAUCAGAGAAGUCAUGCUGGAGGGAAACUCUUUAUAUGUGAUGAAUGUGGGAAAGCCUUUAGCCAGAAAGAAAGCCUUGAUACACAUAAGAUAUUUCACACUGAAGACAAACUCUUUCCAUGUAAUGCAUGUGAGAAAGCCUUCAGUAACAAUUCACGCCUCGUUGUGCAUCAGAGAAUUCAUACUGGAGAGAAACCCUACAUAUGUAAUGAGUGUGGAAAAGCCUUCAGCCAGAAGGGAAACCUUAAAACGCAUAAAAGAAUUCAUACAGGUGAGAAGCCUUUUGAAUGUAAUGAAUGUGGAAAAGUCUUCAGCAGUAAUAGACACCUAACUCGACAUCAGCGAAUUCAUUCUCAAGAGAAGCCCUGUGUACUGAAUACCUUUGGUAAAGCCUUCAACACCACCCCUUACCUUAGUAGACGUAGAAUAAUUAACAAUAACAACACUGGAGAAAAACCUUUUAAAUGUUAUGAAUGUGGAAAAGGCUUCAGGUACAGCUCCUCCCUUAUGCAACACCAGAGAAUUCAUACUGGUGAGAAACCCUUUAUAUGUAAUGAAUGUGGAAAAGCCUUCAACCAGAAGGGAAUACUUAAUACACAUAAAAUAACGCAUACUGGAGAGAAACGCUUUCAAUGUAAUGCCUGUGGGAGAGCCUUUAGACACCGAUCAUCCCUUAUGCGACAUCAAAGAAUUCAUACUGGAGAGAAACCCUAUAAAUGUAAUCAAUGUGAUAAAGCCUUUAGCCAGAAGGGAGGCCUUAAUGCACAUAAGAUUGCGCAUACUGGAGAGAAACACUUUGAAUGUAGUGAAUGUGGAAAAGGCUUCAGAUACUGCUCAUUUCUGGUGCAACAUCAGAGGAUUCAUACUGGUGAGAAGCCCUAUAUAUGCAAUGACUGUGGGAAGGCCUUUGGCCGGAAGGGAAGCCUUAACACCCAUAGGAGAAUUCAUACAGGUGAAACUCCUUUUGGAUGUAAUGAAUGUGAGAAAGCCUUCACCAAUAACCAGAGUUUAGCUCGACAUCAAAUAUUCUCUCAUAUUCGAGAGAAACCCUUUCAUUGUAAUGAAUGUCAGAAAUCUUUCAGCCAGAGAGGAGAUCUUAAUAAACAUAAGAGAAUUCAUACUGGAGAGAAACCUUUUCAGUGUGAGGAGUGUGGCAAAGCUUUUACCCGUAGUGAAAACCUCAAAGGACAUAAGAAAAUUCAUACUGAAGAGAAGCCAUUUCAGUGUGACGAAUGUGAGAAAGCUUUCAAAUGGAGUGGAAACCUUAAAGAACAUAAAAAAACUCAUGCUGGAAUGAAGCUCUUUGAAUGGAAUGAAAAAGGAAGUGUUUUUGGUCCAAACUUUGUGGCAUAUGGUGAAAUUCAUAACGGAGAGAAGAAACCCUUUGAAUAUAAAUAAAUCUGAGAAGAUUUUCAGAAACGGCUUAUUCUUUAAAAAUUUGAGAAUUUCUACUGUAGACUAUUUCAAUAUAAGGAAACUGGGAAAGCCUUCAACAGAAAACUUUAUUGCACGCCCGAUAAUUCAUAUUAGAGAGAAAAAUUUUCAUGAUUAAAAAAUGUGAGGAAUUUUUCAAUUUGAGAAGAAACCUGAAGAAUAUAAGUAGAUUCAUAAAAUAAUAUAACCUGGAUUUGUGAUUUCAACAGUGUAGAAACUCCCUCUACUAAUGUGGAACACAAUCUAUUUUAUAACAUUGUCUUAGAGUUUCCUGACACUCAGAAAUGUUAAGUGACUUGCCCAGAUAGCAUCAGGCUAGGGCUUCUUGACUGGAGUUUUAUGCUCUAUCCACAAUACCAACUAAUAACCUCUCAAGGAUACUCAUACUGGAGAAAAACUCUUUGAAUGUAAUAAAUUUCAUAAAGUCCUUAGCAAUAGUGCAACCUGUAGUAAUCAUCAAAGAAAUACUGAAGAGAAACCCUUUCAGUGAAAUAAAUGUAGGAAUGCUUUCACUUAGAGUAGAAACCUGAAGCACCAGAAGUUGAUUCAUAUUGGAGAGAUUCUUUGAAUGUAAUGAAUGUUGUACAGCUUUCAGGCUGAUAUAAAAGCUUUGAUACAUAUAAGAAAAUUCAUACUGGCUAGAAAUCUUUUGAUUGUAAUGUAUUUGGGGAAAUUUUCAAUCUAGAAAACCUUGUAGAACCUUGAAUAAUUCAUAUGGGUGAGGAUGGUCAUAAAUGUAAUGAAUGCGGAAAUGCCCUCAGAAUGAGCUCAUCCCUUAUGAAGCAUAAUGACCCUGGCAAAACCUUUGGAUUCCAUUCUUCAUCAAAAUUUUCAUACUGGAGAUUAACCAUGCAUUUAAUCAAAGGAAUGCGUCUUCAAGUUUUAUCAUCUGUUAAAUAUCGGAGAGUCAAGAUGUCAAGUUUUGUAUCAAUUAAAUUGUUUGUUGCUUUGAGGGGGAAAAAAUAGCCCCAUCCUCCUUUAUGUUCUGCUUUUUGGUUAUACUAGCUACUAAUCAGGUCCAGUUGCAAAAGUGUAAAAAUUGAAGUGCUGCCCAAAGUAUAGUUCUGAUUUUUUUAAGUAUUUUUAGUAAACACACCAAAAUAUUAAUUAGCAUUAACAUUUUAUAACUUCUUAUAGCCAAGAAAUAAAGAUAGAGAAAUGUCCUAGGAUGAUUCCUCCCUCUCUAAGGGAUGUUUAAUAUGGAAACUACCUCUUUGGAAGUUCUUCAGAAAUGUAAAUUAAUUAUCCUUAGGCUUAUCUGCAUCAGAUUCAUACAUACUGCAAUAGCAUUAUAAAAAGAAAGAAACUUUUUAAAUUACCAGGUACUGACUGGGCAACUUGAUGGUUCAGUAGAUAGCCAGGCCUGGAGAUGGGAGGUCCUGGGUUCAAAUUUGACCUCAGACAGUUCCUAGCUGUGUGACCCUGAGCAAGUUACUUAACCCCAGUCCUUCUCUCUCUUCUGUCUAGGAACCUAUACUUAGUAUCUAUUUUGAGACAGAAAGUAAGGGUUCUAAAAAAAAAUUACCGGUUGAAAUGCUAUUUUGGAACUGAGGGAUGAAAAGUAGAAAAAAUAACAAAUGGACUUUAAGAAAAUUUGCUUCCUGAUUCAAAGGAGCAAUGUAGCAACUCAAAAGAACUCUAGAUCACUCUGGUGAAUUCUAGAUUUGAUCUUCAUACCACUAACUGGUUCUUGAGUGGGCAUGGAAACUGGCUUAUUGUUUCCUCAUCAUUUCUAAAACCAUUAUCUCAAGGAAAUCUGAACCUUAUCAAGAUUCCCAAGGGCAGUAGAGUAAGCAGUAAAACUUGUACAAGUAAGGCAACAUUAUAUAUAGUAAAUAGAGUGCUGGAUUUGGAAUAAGGAAGAUGUGGGUUCAAAUACCAUCUCAAACACUAGCAGUGUGACCAUGUGUCAAGCCCUUAACCAAUAUGGGCCUCAGGUUCCUCAUCUAUAAAAUGGAGUAGUUGGACCUCUAAAGGCCUUUCCAGCCCUUGAAUCUAUGAUAAGCCUAUGGAGACUGGGAAUUGGAUUAGAUUCCCUUAGCCUUGGCAGGGUAUGUGUAGAAAAUUCAAGCACUUCUUCCUACUAUUAGGAUAAAAUUAGAUUUUAGGUCUGUUAAGUAAGUUUUAAUAAAUGAAGGACAUGAGAGAAUUCUGUAAAGCUGUCUAAGGCUCAGCUAGGAAUUUAGAGCAGAGAUGAUGCUGGAAUUCUGUGGAAUGUUGGAGAGAGGGUGUAAAUUCACUGCCACUUCUGGGAGUUUGCUCUUUCUCUCUGAAGCUAUCCUGGUUCCUGUGAGGGUGCUAUCCUGAGCUCUGUGGUAUAUUCCCUAUACAACCUGUGGGAAAUGCCAAAUCUACAUUUUGGGAAGAGUGAGCCAAUGCUUUGACAGUGGUGGAAGUAAGAAGGCUGGCAGAAAUGAGCAAGAUCUUUCCUUGUCUCUCUGAACUUGACUGAGUGGAGACACUUUUGGCCCAAGUUUGCCUGGAAGCCAAUUUUGGCCCACUAGGGCCCAACUUGGAGGCAGCAUAUAACUUAAUCAAUAAGAAUAUUUGGAAAUAGGUUUAGAUCAGAUAGAUUGGAAAUUAAGAUAGAAUAAGAAGAAUAGGAAAGUUUCUUUCGAGUAAACUUAACAGACCCCAAAUCUAAUUUUAUCCUAAUACUGCCCAAAGAUUCAGAAUUUUUCUUCUGCAGCUAUUGAUCCUAAAGAGUACAUGUUGAUUUUCUACACUUGAUUUUGGGUUCCAGGAUAAGAAUACUUAUACUUAUUACAAGAUAUCAGAGGGUUAUUGCCUCCAACCAAUUUGAGAAAGUUUGAUGAGAAGUCAGGGCUUUCCCUUAAGUUAGGAAACGAAGUUCUUGAACCGACAAAAAUUGUUUCCUGCCUCAUUGGGAACAAAGGCCACACUAAUUAGUCAAGUUCCCUCCAAAAUCCAAAAGGUUCUAUAAAUAGGUUGGAGACCAGCAGCUAGGAAAGUUUCUGCAGAAAUAACAAGAGUGAGAUAAUAUAUCAACUCCCACCACCAUCAGAAAUAUGCCUCAAAAGCAAUUUCAGUUACCCUAAGAAGAGUGGAAAGGAAACUCCCACAAGUGUUCCAAAAUAACAUCAGAAGCUUACGUGAUGGACUUAUUUCCCCUAGAUGCAUCCAUUUCCCCCUUGCUCUCAAGGUGAUCAUCUUAUUAGACCUUAAUUUCUGUGUUGGCUAUGGUGGCAUCUAUUAUCUGUCACCUAGCCUCAGUGGCAAAGAAACUGGGUAACUAGAUGGUGGGGAGACCCAGAAAUACAGAGGGGAAGAAAUUUGUGUAGUGAGUAAAAAAGGAGUGGUACAAGCUCAGCUGUAGUCCUGCCUCUGAGGAGUUUCCUCAAGACAGAUAUCCACUUGGAUUCCACCCCUUAGCACCUCACUGAAGGAAAUUAUUGAAGUGGCUCAGAUUUGAUUAUGUAAAUAGACAAGAACAAGAAGCCAUGGAGAAAGGGAUCAACAAGGUAAUGGGUCUUGAUUAAAAAAAAUGUAUAAGGGACAAUAAGCAGGAAGUCUAGGAGGGAAAGGUUGGAUAUAAGGCCAGCUUCCAAGUAGAAAGAGUCAAUAUAUUGAAUCUAAUAAAGAAGGAAAAGAAGCAAACAAUCUAAAAAAGGAUAGAACUACAUAUGUAAAUAUUAUACAAUGAAUGAUUGGUACUAAAACAAUUUCUUCAAGAGAAAAAACAAGGAAGGUAAAACACAUAACAAAAAGAAAGUAACAAAAUCAUUAUUUAAUAGUUUACAGGGAAAGAUAAGAUUUUUAAAAAUCACCUUAGGAGAGAACAAAGAGAAAUAAGAAUUUAUAUUGUUUGGACUAAAACCCCUUUACCUCAUACGUAAAUCACUGUUGGGAGGUGGUGGGCAAGGAGUUGCUUGGCCAGGGGAAAAUGAGAGUGAAAAGAGGGGAACCAAAGAUACCUCAUUAUUAGCUUGGGAGGAAAAGGGGGAUUUCUUUGAUCAAGUUAGAAAAGAUUAUUAAGAGAAAGGGGCAGAUAGGUAGGAAGAAAACUAGAAGAGACCAGCUCCACAAGAGAGACCCACAGCAUCAGAGGCUCAGAGAGGUCAGGAAUGAUGAAGGUUGAAGAAAGGCUAUUGGAUCAGCCAUCAGGAGACCCUUAGUAACUGGAUAGAGCAGUUUAGGUUUGAUGAUGAGGUUGGGAGCCAGAACUAAAGACUGAAUAAGAAUAAGAUAUCCUGUGACCACAAAAAUGUGGUUUUCAAGACUUUGAAUUGCCAAAACUGUAAAGAUAAUUUUAGUGUCUUGAUUUUUAUCAAAAACAAGUGGUCACCAUGGGAAAAAUUCCCAAAUAUGAAAAUAUAUCCAAGUCAGCUGGAUUUUAUGGAGAUUUUAAUUAAUACAAAUGAAGGAAUUUAAGGAAAGAGAAAGAGACAGACUAAGAGGAAAUAGAAGGAAAAGGCUAGGGCCUAGGCCUUUUCUCUUUAAGAGAGAAACUAAGUCAGUCUUUAAUCACUCACCACAAUAUUUUUUCCCAAGCUAAACUCCAGUCCUUCAUUAUAUCCUCAACUCCUGAACUGAAUUUCAGAGACCCAGCUCUGACUCCUGACCUCCAAUUCAGUUUCCAAAGCCAAACUACUCCAGAGGCCUCAAGCUCCUUCCUUUUAAAAAAAAAUUUCUCUCAUAUCACCUCCCCUAAAUUUUCACGUUUACCAAUCACAGUAGAUGCUUUUCCUAGGACUGCCCAUUCUUAAUUUUCACUACUCUUUAGUUCUCACCUUCUCUGGGUAGAUUAUAUUUUCUGAGUACUUCACACCUCUUUGCUAAGCUUGCCCUUUGUAAGUUGCUUGACCUUUUAGUGAUUAAUUUGACCUUCAUAGGUACUUAGCACCCUUUUGUAUUAGAUCUAAAAAUAGACCUAGCUUAAGUGCUUGGCCUCACUAUAAGUAUGUUAGGGACUUUUUCAUUGUUCAGUAAGGAGUUUUACAACUUUAUCUUCUCCUAAAGUAUACUUAAGUAUGGGUGGAGUAAUGUUAGAGUUCCCAAUACAUUCCUGACCAAGUAACUUCAUUGUUUAAAAUGGGGAAUAGCCUUAACCAAAUGUUCCAAGGUAGAGUCUGAGAAAUUUUAAGAUUCACAUCCUAUAAAACAGAAGACAGAAUGGCUUGUACCAUACCACGAAAUUGCCUCCAGAAAGCAACAUUUCUAGAAGUCAGCCUUUGCAAAGGGAUGCUUUUCAGAAAAACAACAGACCAAAAAGAAAUGGAGAACAAAGUGACUGAAAUCUAUAAUAGCGCUAUUAGAUGAAUUGGUCUAAAGUGGGAACAAUGUUUUUGUUUUCCAGAAGCCAUAUCUCUUAAGAGGGUUGAUUAUAAAGCUCAUAUAUGGAAGAUUCCCUUUCAGAGUAGCCUAGCAUAGGAAAGGAAAAAAGAUGGAGGACAAGUUCACAGCAGACAGCAAUCUAUAGUCUAAUCCAGGAGGGGAAAAGGAAAGAAGGAAAAAGUAAUUAAACUCAAUUUGGGACAGGGCACAGACCUUGGGAGGGGAGUCGUGGGUGCAUCUGUGGAAGAAGACUGAGCAAUUUAACAAACAAAACUCAUCUCAGAAACCAAGAGGAGAAGGAAAAAACAUUUGUAGGAAAGCACAAACCUCAACAAUUGAAGUCUUAAAUGUGAAUGGCUUCAAUUCCAUUCAAAAAGAAUGGCAAAAUGGAUAAGAACAAACCCCAACAAUUUACUAUUUGAACAUGCCCAAAAAAAGACAAAAAAUUAAAAUGAGAGGCUGGGAAACAAUAUAUAAUAUAAAAAAAAGACAAUAUAAUCAGGCAAUUUUUAAAAAAGGAGUUACUAUCAUGAUAUCAGGUACAACAAUGAAAAUUAACACCAUAAGAAAAAUGGAAAAGUUACAUGAUGUUUAGAGCAUUAUAGACAACAAAAUAAUAUUAAAUAUACACCAAGUAACUGUGUAAGCUUUGAAUGAUGAAACCAACUGAACCGGAAAAGGCAUAGAUAAUAAUGAAGUUGUAGUGCCAGAUUAAAAUAACAAAAAGAAAAUAGCCAAAUCACUUACUGAGAAAUUUAGUUUGCAAAGAUUAUGUCUUCUGAGGGAGAACAUUAAAGAAUAUAUAAAUAUCUUAACAUAACAUGCUUUCUUUACAAACAUUGAAGGGUAGUCAGGUGACUCAGUGGAUAGAGCACCAGACCUGGAGUCAGGAGGACCUGAGUUCAAAUUUGACCUGAUACUUCCUAGCUGUGUGAUCCUAGGCAAAUCAGUUUUUAACUCAAGUUGCCUAGCCUUUACUGCUCUUCUAUCUUGGAACUGAUACUUAGUAUGGAUUCCAAGACAGAAGGUAAAGUUUUUUAAAUUAUGUAUGGGCAAGGACAUGAAGAAAUCGUGAAUAAAUGGAAAAUGUAAGAAUAUUAAAUAGAUACCUUAUUAGAUCAUAAUAAGGAAGAAUUGAUUUAAAAAAUUGGACCAAAUAAUGAUUUCUUGGAUAAUGAUUGUGUCAAGGACAAAAUAUGGUAAGAGAAUGAGGAGUACCAGGAAGAUGGUUGAAUGGGAGUUAACCAAAGAUGCCUAUUUCUCCUCACCACCCCAAAUAAUUAAAAAGUGCCCCCAAAUUCAGUAAUGACAGAAAGAAAAUUUUUAAAUCUGCCAUAAGGUAAUCCUUAAAAAAAAUGUUGACUGAAGAUAAGUGGGCCAGCUCAUCUACUCUUAAGAGCAUUGUCUUCCACACAUGGUCCACAACUACAGUUGUCCUGAAAGCCUCAUGUCAGCCGCAGCUUUGGGCAUCAAUUUUUAUAGUUAAUUCUUUGGCAGUGUCUCAGUGUCUCUGCUCUCAGAUUGAUUUGAAGGUUGUUAAUUAGAUCAGUCUCAAAGCUUGAAAAGAAAAGAAGGGUAUGGUGGUGGAAGAAUAGGGAAAAUAGGGGCCCAAUAGCACUGGUUACAAUUUAAUAUUAUACAGGAUAAAACAGACAUGCAGUAGAAAUAAGAUGAAUUGUAGGAAUUGUAGAAAAUUUACAGGUUUUCUUUUCAUCGUUGUCCAGAUCCUCAACAAAAAGAGAAACCUUCAUCAUCAUUAUGAUGUGAACAAAGAGGUAGGAGGGAGGGAGAUGGGUGUUGCAAGAAGAUCUGCUGAGAAACAAAAUUUUAGAGUAUAUGGUGUCUCUCAGAACAGUCAUGUGUCUCAGUAUAUUAACUCUCACUGUAGGGAGAAUGGUUGGAGCCUCAGAAGGGUCAUGUCUGAACAAGAGUCAGAAAUGGGCUUAGACCUUCUGAAGGAGAGUGCUAUGAUAUAAAAAGGAAGAAGCAAUGAGGAAAAAUAGAAAGACCAGGAUCUAGCUGCCUAGACACAGGUUAUAGAUGAUUUCCUACUGAAUUCAAUGUCUUCUAAGAAUUAGCAUUUCCAGGAAUUAGUUAUAAUCCCAUCCCAGAAUGGGUAGAAGAACAGCAUUAGAAUGAAAGCAACACCAGAGGCAUCAAAGUGAAAGAGAUGGAAAAAAAUAGCCAUCAUGGGUAGCAAAUAUCAUGGGAGUCGGCUACAACUACUGACUCAACAAUCACUUAGAGAAAAAACCUGUUGAGCUUAGAAUGGACAAGUAGAAAGGACUGUGCAAGCAGAUUGGAGAAUCAACUGCUUAGAGAUCAUUGAACUCAGGGGAACUGAUGAGUUCAUGAAGUGAAGUAGCAUAAAGGGAACAGAGAAGAGGGCCUAGGACAGAGCCUUGGGGGACCCCACAUGUAGUGGGCAUGACCUGGAGGAAGAUAUGAUACUUCAUUUUUAUGAUCCUGAAUCCUAGAGUAGUCCAGGGCUGUUGCUGAAUGGUGCCUUAUUAAUACAAUUGCAGCUUUCUCAAUUAGCUCAAGGAACCCCCUCUGUUAAUUAAAUAUUAUUUGUUAUAUAAACUGGAGUAACCUUUCCCAAGAAUGUUUAUCAAAUUAAGUCAGCAAUAUAACAGAGAUAGAGAUAACUUAGUAUUUUGUCCAUGAUGAAGUUCAUAACCAUUUACCUCUAAUCUCAGUAUCGACUUCUCAGCAAGCUCCAAACCUUGCUUCCUCUGCUCUGGUCAUUUAACUCAAUCCUUAGAACUACCCAAAUAUCUAAUAGGUGAGCUUUAGACUUACUUUGUCUAGUACCUGGCCUCCAUAACACUUUGUUUUCCUCUUAUGACUGCUUUCGUUAAAUCCUGUAAACUAUGAUAUGUUGUCUUUAUUGUUAAUGUUGUAUUAAAUCAAUAAGCAUUAAUUAAGUGAUUAAUCUGUGUUAGGAACCAUGCUAAGCCUGUAAGAUACAAAAAUUAUCUUUGAAAACAAUUAAGAAAAUAAAGACAAGAAUGGAAAAUGAUCAACCCUAGAAGUAUAAAAGAAGAUACCCUAAAAAUUAAGAAAAAAGUUGAGAACCUUCUAAAUAAAAACUAGAGAAUUUAUCAAACUCAGGAGUUAGUUUGAUUUAAAAAACUACUACACACAAUUCUAGCAAAACCAUGGAUUCAAAGGAAAUGGAUGAGUUUACAAAAAAUGUAAAAUACCAAAAGUAGUUAAUGGAAGAAAUCAAGACCUAAACACCCAAUCUCAGAGAAAAGAAAUUGAGCAAGCCAAAUUGGGGUGCAGAUCAUUAACAAAUGGAUUUACAAGAGAAUUCAACAAAAAUAAAUAAUUCAUACCGAUACUAUAAAAAAUAUUUUUCAAAAUAGACGCAGAAGGCAUUCUAUCAAACUAUUUUUGGGACAAAUACAACCUUAAUUCCAAAGCAGGAAGAGACUGAGCAGAGAACUGUAGAUAAUCUCACUAAGGAAUAAUGAUUCAAUAAAAAUUUCUUUUUUAAAUGACAA